AUGACUCGUCCUCUGCGACUGUUAGGCGGCGCCUUUAACCCUCCCUCACUGUUUUCCGAACCCGACGAUGAACCGUCAGCCAACAUGGGCUCCGACUCCGCUUUGAUCCUCCUCGCCCUCUUCUGCGCUCUCGUCUGCGUCCUCGGCCUCCUCGUCGUGGCUCGCUGCGUCUGGCUCCGCCGCCUCACAACCGCUGCCACACCUCCUCCUCCUCCUCCGCUGCCGACUCCUCCGCCGAACAAGGGGUUGAAGAAGAAAAUCCUACGCUCACUCCCGAAGCUCACUUACACGGCGGACUGCACUUCCAAGUUCACCGAGUGCGCCAUCUGCCUCACUGAGUUCGCCGCGGGAGACGAGAUCCGGGAGCUGCCGCAGUGCGGCCACCGCUUCCACGUGGCGUGCAUCGACGUGUGGCUGCGAUCGCACUCGUCCUGCCCCUCGUGCCGUCAGAUUCCGGUGGUUUCUAAUAAGUGCCACAAGUGUGGCAGCUUCCCUUCUCUUACUUAA